CAAAAACGCUGAUUCAGUCUUCGAUAUUGGGUUGGGCUGAACAAAGACUUCUUGCGUAUCAUGAUACAUUUGAUAACGUAAACAUUAAUUCUAUGCAAAGUAUUGUGUCUUUAGGGGUAUCAGCUGCUAAAAUAUUGGUUGAAGAUAUAUCUAAUGAGUAUCGGCGAAGACGGAAAAAUGAUACCGAUGUGGCGCGAAGUCGGACUGAUACGUACAUUAGGUCAUCGCUUCGAACGGCUUUUGCUCAGGUACUUCAUGACAAAGUUGGCAUCUCAUGUGGAAGCUGUGCUGGUGCUGUCAAGAAGGUCGGGAGGCGAGUUGAAAUGAUGGUAAGCGGGACUUCUUCUACACCCUCACGUGCCACUUGGCAACGCCACAACUGCAUCCCAAUGGCUACAAAAAAUCAUCCGUAACACGCUCGAGAAACCAAUUGAAACCGGAAGAAACACCGAGCCGUUACAAGUCCUACGUGGUGCCGUAAUGUCAUUAGCCAACCGGUCAACCGACGGGUCAACCGACUCAUGCCAUUGGGCAGACGGGUUCCCGUUAAAUCUCCGACUUUACGAGAUCCUUCUAGAAACUUGCUUUGAUGCCAAUGAUGAGUCAUCAAUUAUCGACGAAGUUUUAUUUAGCUGAUGAAUUCAGUGUGAGCGAUUAUUGUGGAACGAUAGCUUUAACUGUUUUGAUAAUGGGAAUACAUAUAAUAAUAGCCAAUGCUGGCGACUCUCGUGCGGUGCUAUGUAGUAACGGGUCUGCAACACAGAUUACUGACGACCACAGGGGGUCGACUUGCUUACAAGAAAAGGAAAGAUGUGAGUGGUAAAUAAUCAGCUAUACAUUAUCAGCCAGAGCCAAAAAUCGAUUAUACAUUAAAAGCUGUUGGUGGAAGUUUAACAGCCAUUCCUGGACUUUCUGACCUGAUAGAUGUCAUACUCGCCUUCUCUUCAACAACCUGUAGUUGCUGGAUCUACACGUGAGGCCAUGUCAGGGAACAACACUGUCGCCGGCUAUUCAGAAAAAUGGACCACCCUAGAAGCCAUCUUGAACCACGGAAGAAGAAAUAGGCAACACACGAGUGCUGAAUUCACCUGUCAUGUUCAACUUAAGCGCAUACGCAAUAACCAGGAGUGGUUCAGGCUGACAUGUGGCGGUGGAGGCUGCAUGAAAGGUGUAGUAGGUGAAUACAACAAUAUGUGGUGUGAUGGGUGCGAAAACCCCGUACUCUUCCCAAGAGUAAGUUUCAGGCUAGAACUCGAGGUGUUUGAUUCAACAGCCGAAGCUGUCAUUGUCUGCUUUGAUGACACCGCCGAACGCUUGACAAAGGCCACUGCUCAUGAUAUACUCACAGCGGAGUCUGUCCUAUCAGGCGUCUACAACCUUUAUUCUACCGACAUCCAGGAUAAGUUCACUCCGGUGAUAGUAAGAAACCCCGACAACGGCAUUUCAGCACUGCCGAAAUGUUUGCAGUCUCUUGUGGGCAGCACUCAGACCCUCCUGCUUGAUUCAUGUAUGUACUAUGAUCAUGGUUCUUUCGAAAGUUUUAACUGCAAGAAUGUUCUUCUAUACGGAGAUGGCGGUGGGUGCGUUGGUUCUUCCACACCUCAUUCGCUCUCUAAUAAAGACAAUGAGGUAGUGCCGAUACCGACACCAGUUAAGCAUGUUGAAACGACCAUAAGGACUACUUAUACAAAUUCGGGUUCGGAUUCAGAAGAAAACGUUGACGAUGAUCCACGUGAAAGGCAGUCGACCGGUGAUGGGAUUUGGGAUGAUCGUGCCAUGCGUUAACUAAAGUUCGGUCCAUGUGUUAGCCAAUAAGACAAGGAGGCGUGCGAGAGCUACUGCGUUUUUUCCAUUUACGUUUCAUGUUUUUUAUUUUGGAAGACAUCUUUUCCCCUUUUUUUUGGCACAAGAGUUAUGCCGACAGAACAAAUUACGAUCCAUGGUUUGAUAAAGUUUUAGCAUGCCUCUUUAUAUAGGUCUUUGACUUACGUAUAUGUGACGUGUGUGCGUUAUGAAAACCGAGACUAAAAAUGUGGAUAGAACUGCUCUUCUUUUCUUUUAUCA